ACUAAAUUGCAACUAGAACAUAUGCAACAUACAUAUACUUUUAAUAAACUACUUAUGUAGUAUAUUGAUAAGAAAGUAAAUUUUAUUGUGCGUUUAAAUUAUCAGAAUGAUUUAAAUUAAAUACAGUAUACAAGUUUGAUACAUAAAUAACUAAAAAUAUGAAAAUGAUAUCGCAAUAAUAUAAGCUGUUUUAUUGAUCAGGUAUUCUGUGUACUCAUUGAAAGGGCGCAGCAGCAGGGUCAUUCUGCCUGUAUGAGUAAUUUAUACUUUAAUCCAGAGACAAUCCAGAUAACUUCUGGCAGACUAUCAGUCUCCCUAUUAAAAUACAAAAAGUGUUAUUUAUACUAAAACUGAGAAUCACAAUUGGCAACGCUGCAACAGCUUGUCUUUAGACAUACGGUAACGUCAUUGGCGUUUGUAUUGUCAGUGAUUUGACGUUUCCAAUUAGGUUAGGUCGAGUCCGUUAUAUUGUCAUAUAUUAUUCGUGUCCAGUGUAUGUUAUACGUUUUUUGUACCAAUGGGCGAUUCUCUCGAAGGGAGCGAUAGCGCCCCAGAGACGCAAAAUGUCGCUAUUGUAGAUUUUACGGCGUUUUCGAAUUUUAUUCUGAAAGCAGCUACCGUGUUAUUGCCGGAGGACGAUGGUCAAGCCGAACCCACCAAUCUAAAUGCCGCGUUGGACGAUAAGACCAACCAGGAGUGCAUAAGGAAGUUUUUAAGCGAUCCUCAAGUUCAAACAUUGUACAUCCAGCGCAACUCAUCCAAAGAUGAUGACAAUGAUCAACCACCAGAAGGUGAAGAGGAAAAAGAGCCUGUCACUUAUUAUAUCAGCAAUGAGGUCCACUACAGCAGCUCGAAGAUGUCCAGUUUGGUGUGCAUUAAACGGGCUGCUGUUAUUGAGGCUGACAAGAGCAUUCGGGCUCAAGUGCGCCUCCUCAACUUUAGUGAUGGCUCCCCAUAUGAAAUUCUGCAUUCAUAUGUCAGCAAAACUGUGGCUCCUUUCUUUAAAUCAUAUGUGAAGGAGUCUGGAAGAGCAGACAGAGAUGGAGAUAAAAUGGCACCAGCAGUUGAGAAGACCAUUGCUGAAUUGGAAAUGGGUCUUUUACAUCUUCAACAGAACAUUGAUAUCCCAGAAAUAUCCCUUCCAGUCCAUCCUUAUGUUGCCAGUUUGAUAAAGCAGUGUGCAGAUGAAGGUCGAAAACCAAAGGUUGCGGACUUUAGCGACAAAGUUGAAGAUUCAAACUUCUUAAAUCAGCUCCAACAUGGAGUAAAUAGAUGGAUUAAGGAGAUCCAGAAAGUUACCAAACUAGAUAGAGAUCCUUCGUCUGGAACGGCACUUCAAGAAAUUAGUUUCUGGUUAAAUUUGGAGAGAGCGUUGUACCGCAUUCAAGAGAAAAGAGAAAGCAUGGAAGUUGCGUUGACUCUAGACAUUUUAAAGCACGGUAAACGUUUCCACGCAACUGUUUCUUUUGAUACUGAUACUGGGUUGAAACAAGCCAUUGCUACUGUCAAUGAUUAUAAUCCUUUAAUGAAGGACUUUCCCAUUAACGAUUUGUUGGCAGCCACAGAAUUGGAAAGAAUCAGAGCCUCUGUCCAAUUAAUUUUUGUGCAUUUAAAGAAGGUACGUUUCACCAAGUAUCCUAUCCAACGGUGCUUAAGAUUGGUGGAAGCCAUCUCCAGAGAUGUCGGCAGCCAAUUAUUAAAAGUUCUGGGCACUAGACGUCUCAUGCAUAUUCCUUUUGAUGAAUUCGAAAAAGUUAUGACACAAUGUUUCGAUGUUUUUGCUAUUUGGGAAGAUGAGUAUGAGAAACUUCAAGCCAUUUUAAGAGAUAUUAUGAAAAAGAAGCGUGAUGAACACAUCAAAAUGGUGUGGAGGAUUGCGGCCCAUCACAAGAAACUCCAGAGCAGAAUGGAACAAAUGCGCAAGUUUAGAAGGCAACACGAGCAGUUGCGCACCGUAAUCGUUAGAGUUUUAAGACCUACUGUCCGUGAAACGGCAGUUCCAAUUGAAGGAGAAGAUUUGGAACCACCAAAACCAACAUUUUCCCUUGAUGCUGCAGAUGCCAAUGCCAUAGAGGAAGUCAAUUUGGCCUAUGAAAAUGUAAAAGAAGUGGACUGCCUUGAUAUCUCCAAGGAAGGUCAAGAUGCUUGGGAUGCGGCGGUUCAACGUUACGAGGAACGCAUCGACAGAGUGGAAACUCGCAUCACCGCACAUUUGCGUGAUCAGCUAGGCACAGCUAAAAAUGCCAACGAAAUGUUCAGAAUCUUCUCCAGGUUUAAUGCCCUAUUCGUUCGGCCUCAUAUAAGAGGUGCCAUUAGAGAGUACCAAACCCAUCUAAUCCAAAGAGUUAAGGAUGACAUAGAAGCUUUGCAUGAGAAGUUCAAGGUGCAGUAUCCUCAGAGCAACAGUGCUCGGAUCAGUAAAGUCCGUGAUUUACCACCUGUGGCCGGUUCCAUCGUUUGGGCGAAGCAAAUUGAUCAUCAACUUACAACUUACCUCAGAAGAGUUGAAGACGUUCUGGGCAGAGGCUGGGAGAAUCACAUUGAUGGUCAAAAGUUGAAGGCUGACGGUGACAGUUUCCGCCUCAAACUCAACACACAGGAAAUCUUCGACGAUUGGGCAAGAACUGUGCAGCAACGAAACCUCGGUGUAUCCGGUAGGAUUCUGACAAUUGAAGCAGUACGAUCCAGAAGCGGCAGGGGCAACAUGCUGAAACUUAAGGUCAACUUUUUACCAGAAAUUAUUACUUUAGCCAAGGAAGUGAGGAACUUGAAAUGUCUAGGAUUUAGAGUUCCUUUGGCGAUCGUCAACAAGGCUCAUCAAGCCAACCAAUUAUACCCGUUUGCUAUAUCGCUCAUCGAAAGCGUUAGGACCUAUGAAAUGACAUUGGAAAAGAUUGAAGAUAAAGUCAGCAUUAUCCCCUUGGUAGCUGGAAUGAGAAAAGAAGUACAACAAUUGAUUGCUGAUGGAAUUCAAUUAGUCUGGGAGAGCUACAAACUCGAUCCCUAUGUGCAAAAAUUGUCCGAUACCGUAGUAAGUUUCCAAGAGCGAGUCGAAGAGUUGGUUAUUGUUGGUGAACAACUCGACGUAGACGUUCGAUCUCUCGAAACAUGCCCAUAUUCAGCCAACACCUUUGCUGAUAUCCUCUCAAAGAUUCAACACGCUGUUGAUGAUCUGUCCUUAAAACAAUAUUCAAAUUUGCACAUUUGGGUGUCUAGAUUGGAUGAAGAAGUCGAAAAGAACUUGGCUCGACGUCUACAAGCUGGCAUUGAAGCAUGGACUGAUGCCCUAAACGGCCAGAAAAAAGAAAUAGAUCACAGUAUGGACACAGAUGCUCCAGCACAACCAACUCACAAGCCCGGAGGUGAUCCACAAAUCCAAGUGGUUGUGCAUGAAGUGAGAAUUACAAACCAAAUGAUGUAUCUGUAUCCUAGCAUUGAAGAAGCGCACUUCCAAAUUAUGCAACAACUAUUUGCUUGGCAGGCUAUUGUCACGUCCCAACAAAGAUUGCAAAGCAGUCGUUAUCAGGUUGGCGUAGAUAAACCGGUCACCGAAACGUACAGAAAUAUUUUAACUAAGUUACCUGGUAACUCCGCACCUCUAAACAACGCUUACGAAGCCAUCGAUUCAAAGAUAAAGGAAAUUCAGAAGUACGUUGGUGAAUGGCUUACUUACCAAGCACUUUGGGAUCUGCAAGCUGAUAAUCUUUAUGGAAAUCUUGGAGAAGAUAUUAGCCAAUGGAUGGAAUGUUUAAAUGACAUCAAAAAAACAAGGACAACAUUCGAUACGUCCGACACUCGCCGCGAGUUUGGACCUGUAGUUAUUGAUUUUGCUAAAGUUCAAAGCAAGGUGUCUCUAAAAUACGAUUCAUGGCAUAAGGAAACCUUAAGUAAAUUUGGUACAUUGUUGGGUAACGAAAUGGCCACAUUCCAUACAAAUGUUUCAAAAUCUAGAUCGGAUUUGGAAUUGCAGAGCAUAGAGGCCGCUAGCACUUCAGAUGCUGUUAGCUUUAUAACAUAUGUACAGCAGUUGAAGCGUAAUAUGAAAGCUUGGGAGAAACAAGUCGAAGUAUACAGAGAAGGUCAACGUAUCUUAGAAAGACAAAGAUUCCAGUUCCCCACAAGUUGGUUGCAUGUUGAAAAUUUAGAAGGAGAGUGGGGUGCAUUUAACGAAAUUAUCAAAAGAAAGGAUUCAUCUAUACAAACGCAGGUGGCUAGUUUGCAACAAAAGAUUGUGUCUGAAGAUAAGGCUGUCGAAUGUCGCACGAAUGACUUCUUGGGCGACUGGGAGAAGUGCAAACCAGUCGAGGGACACCUUAAGCCCGACGAAGCUUUGCAACAAUUGCAACUGUUCGAGAGUAAAUUCACAAGACUCAAGGAAGAACGAGAUAACGUUGCCAAAGCCAAGGAAGCAUUGGAAUUACAAGAACCAGGUGGUAUUAGCACCAGCGAAGACCGUAUGCAAGUUGUAUUCGAAGAAUUGCAAGACUUACGAGGAGUGUGGUCUGAACUAUCCAGAAUUUGGACUCAAAUCGAUGAAACUAGAGAAAAGCCUUGGUUAUCCGUACAACCCAGGAAACUGCGCCAACAGUUGGAUGCCAUGUCGAAUCAGUUGAAAGAAUUGCCAGCUCGAUUGCGUCAGUAUGCUUCAUAUGAGUACGUUAAGAAAACUCUUCAGACAUACAUGAAGGUGAACAUGAUGAUUGUCGAACUGAAAUCUGAUGCCUUGAAAGAACGUCACUGGAAACAACUAAUGAAACAACUCCGAGUUAACUGGGUAUUGUCAGAUUUAACGCUCGGACAAGUUUGGGAUGUCAACUUACAGAAGAACGAAUCCAUCGUAAAAGAUAUAAUUUUAAUUGCACAAGGAGAAAUGGCUUUAGAAGAAUUUUUGAAACAAGUACGUGAAUCCUGGCAGACAUACGAGCUGGAUUUAAUUAACUAUCAGAAUAAAUGCAAACUGAUCCGUGGAUGGGACGAUCUCUUUAACAAAGUCAAGGAACAUAUUAAUUCAGUGGCCGCAAUGAAGUUGUCACCCUAUUACAAAGUCUUUGAAGAAGAGGCUCUUACCUGGGAAGAAAAACUAAACAGAAUUAACGCCUUAUUUGAUGUUUGGAUUGACGUUCAAAGAAGAUGGGUGUAUCUUGAAGGCAUAUUUUCGGGAAGCGCUGACAUUAAAACACUGCUUCCUGUAGAAACAUCAAGGUUCCAAAGUAUCAGUUCCGAAUUUUUGGGUCUAAUGAAGAAGGUCAGCAAAUCUCCAAUGGUUGUGGAUGUUCUCAACAUUCCAGGUGUUCAAAGGGCACUGGAAAGAUUAGCCGACCUGCUUGGAAAAAUCCAAAAAGCCCUCGGCGAGUAUUUGGAAAGAGAACGUACUUCUUUCCCACGUUUCUACUUCGUUGGUGACGAAGAUUUACUAGAAAUCAUUGGAAACAGCAAAAAUAUUGCUAGACUACAGAAGCACUUCAAAAAAAUGUUUGCUGGUGUGGCCUCUAUAAUUCUUAAUGAAGAUAAUACAAUUAUCAAAGGUAUUGCCUCCAGAGAGGGUGAGGAAGUUAUCUUUGCAAAACCUGUUUCAACUGUUGAACAUCCUAAAAUCAACGAGUGGUUGACCCUUGUUGAAAAAGAAAUGAGAGUAACACUAGCUUCCAGUCUGGCUCAAGCAGUAUUAGAUAUCAAACAGUUCAAAAAUGAUAUUGAUCCAAAGUUAUAUAUGGAAUGGGUUGACAAAUAUCAGGCCCAAAUAGUUGUACUUGCAGCUCAAAUCUUGUGGAGUGAGGACGUAGAGGCUGCUUUGCUGAAAAUGAACGGUGAACCACAAAAAGGACCACUGGAAAAAGUUUUACAACAGGUGGAGAAUACUUUAAAUGUGUUGGCUGAUUCGGUACUUCAAGAACAACCUCAACUAAGAAGGAAAAAACUUGAACAUUUAAUUAAUGAAUUCGUGCACAAGCGAACUGUAACACGUAGAUUGAUCGCAAAUGGUGUGUGCAGUAGCAAAGCCUUUGAAUGGUUGUGUGAAAUGAGAUUCUACUUUGAUCCUAGACAAACAGAAGUUCUUAAACAACUUACAAUUCACAUGGCCAAUGCAAGAUUCUACUAUGGAUUUGAAUAUUUAGGUGUUCAAGAUAGGCUUGUACAAACUCCCUUGACUGAUAGGUGUUACUUGACAAUGACUCAAGCUUUGGAAGCAAGAUUGGGAGGUUCUCCGUUUGGACCCGCAGGUACUGGUAAAACAGAAUCAGUUAAAGCUCUUGGUAACCAACUGGGUCGUUUUGUUCUCGUAUUUAAUUGCGAUGAAACAUUCGAUUUCCAGGCCAUGGGAAGAAUUUUCGUUGGUUUGUGCCAAGUAGGAGCUUGGGGUUGCUUCGAUGAAUUUAACAGAUUGGAAGAGAGAAUGUUGUCUGCUGUUUCCCAACAGAUUCAGACAAUUCAAGAAGCCUUAAAAUCUCAGAAAGAAGCUGCUGGCGAAGGAACAGCCACAGGUAGCAUUAGCGUGGAACUAGUCGGUAAACAAGUCAGAGUUUCACCAGAUAUGGCUAUUUUCAUUACGAUGAAUCCUGGAUAUGCAGGAAGAUCUAACCUGCCUGAUAACUUGAAAAAACUGUUCAGAUCUUUGGCCAUGACCACGCCAGACAGACAACUCAUCGCUGAAGUUAUGUUGUUCUCUCAAGGUUUCCGAACGGCUGAAAAAUUGGCGUCGAAAAUUGUACCAUUCUUCAAAUUGUGUAACGAACAACUGUCCAAUCAAUCUCACUACGACUUCGGUUUGCGUGCCUUGAAAUCGGUACUCAUUUCUGCUGGUAACGUGAAGAGAGACAGAAUUCAAAAAAUUAAAGAAGGAAUGAAUCAGAGAGGUGACACUAACAUAGAUGAAGCCAGCAUAGCAGAAAACUUACCUGAACAGGAAAUUCUGAUUCAAUCUGUAUGUGAAACUAUGGUUCCCAAACUGGUUGCAGAGGAUAUACCAUUAUUGUUCAGUCUACUAAACGAUGUAUUCCCCAACGUACAGUACACAAGAGCUGAAAUGAAAGGACUUAAGGAUGAAAUUAGAAAGGUGUGCGCUGAAGAAUAUCUGGUUUGCGGAGAAGGAGAUGAACAAGGAUCUGCGUGGAUGGAGAAGGUUUUACAACUAUACCAAAUAUCCAACCUUAAUCAUGGUCUUAUGAUGGUUGGCCCAAGCGGUUCGGGUAAAAGUACAGCAUGGAGAGUAUUGCUUAAGGCCCUGGAAAGAUUCGAGGGUGUGGAAGGCGUUGCCCAUGUCAUAGAUCCUAAAGCCAUCAGCAAAGAAGCCCUUUAUGGUGUGCUCGAUCCUAAUACCAGAGAAUGGACCGAUGGUCUUUUCACUCAUAUCCUAAGGAAAAUUAUUGAUAACGUACGUGGAGAGAUUAAUAAGAGGCAAUGGAUUAUAUUUGACGGCGACGUCGAUCCUGAAUGGGUCGAAAAUUUGAAUUCAGUUCUUGAUGAUAACAAACUGUUGACACUUCCUAACGGUGAACGUCUGUCUCUUCCACCGAACGUGAGGAUUAUGUUUGAAGUCCAAGAUCUUAAAUACGCCACGUUAGCCACUGUAUCCCGUUGCGGUAUGGUCUGGUUCUCGGAAGACGUAUUGUCAACCGAAAUGAUUUUCGAGAAUUACUUACUCCGACUGAAAAACAUUUCUCUGGAAGAAGGUGAAGAUGACACUUUCGGCAAGAAGAACGAUAAUAAGGAAGACAUGCUUUCACCAUCAUUACAAAUUCAAGUUGAUGUAGCUAACAUGCUGCAGUCUUAUUUCACUCCCGAUGGUCUUGUAGUAAGAGCACUCGAACAUGCUAUGGAACAAGAACACAUAAUGGACUUCACCAGAUUAAGAGCUCUCAGCUCAUUAUUCUCAAUGUUAAAUCAAGCUGUUAGGAAUAUUCUUCAAUACAACCACAGCCACUCGGAUUUCCCAAUGGCCAACGAACAGAUGGAACUUUACAUUCCGAAAUGUUUAGUUUACGCUUUGUUAUGGAGUUUUUCGGGAGAUGCAAAAUUGAAAGUAAGGUCGGAUUUGGGCGAUUUCAUUCGUUCUGUUACGACCGUACCACUCCCACCAGAUCCAAAUGUUGCCAUCAUCGAUUUCGAAGUUAACAUAAAUGGCGAAUGGAGUCCAUGGUCCAAUAAGGUUCCACAAAUAGAGGUCGAGACACACAAAGUGGCAUCCCCCGACAUUGUCGUGCCUACAUUAGAUACUGUACGACAUGAAUCGCUCUUAUAUACAUGGCUGGCAGAACACAAACCUCUUGUACUUUGUGGUCCACCUGGUUCUGGAAAGACUAUGACAUUGUUUUCGGCUCUCAGAGCUUUGCCCGACAUGGAAGUUGUGGGUUUGAACUUCUCAUCCGCUACUACUCCUGAAUUACUAUUGAAAACGUUCGAUCAUUAUUGUGAAUACAGAAAAACACCUAAUGGAGUCGUAUUGGCGCCGAUACAGUUAGGAAAAUGGUUAGUAUUGUUCUGUGACGAAAUCAAUUUGCCAGAUAUGGACAACUACGGCACACAAAGAGUCAUCAUGUUCUUACGUCAAAUCGUCGAACAAAAGGGAUUCUAUCGUGCUUCAGACCAAACGUGGGUGUCUUUGGAACGUAUUCAGUUUGUAGGAGCCUGUAAUCCUCCCACUGACCCAGGCAGAAAACCUUUGUCGCACAGAUUCUUACGUCACGUACCAGUAAUUUACGUGGAUUACCCAGGAGAGACUUCACUGAAACAGAUUUAUGGCACAUUCACCAGAGCCAUGUUAAGAUUAACGCCUGGACUUCGAGGAUAUGCCGAGCCACUGACAAACGCCAUGGUCGAAUUUUAUCUGGCUUCCCAAGACAGGUUCACUCAAGACAUGCAACCUCAUUAUGUAUACUCACCUCGUGAAAUGACUCGUUGGGUGAGAGGAAUCUGCGAAGCCAUUAGACCUUUGGAUAACCUGGCUGUUGAAGGUUUAGUCAGACUUUGGGCUCAUGAAGCCUUGAGGUUAUUCCAAGACAGGCUGGUUGAAGACGCUGAACGCAGAUGGACUAAUGAAAACAUUGACGCAGUUGCGUUAAAACAUUUCCCAUCAGCCAACUGUGAAAAUGCUUUGGAAAGACCUAUUUUAUACAGUAAUUGGUUAUCCAAGGAUUAUGUCCCUGUAGAUAGAGAGCAACUGAGAGAGUAUGUUAAGGCUAGACUAAAGGUAUUCUAUGAAGAAGAACUGGAUGUUCCUUUGGUGCUGUUCGACGAGGUACUUGAUCAUGUUUUGAGAAUCGAUAGAAUAUUCCGUCAGCCACAAGGUCACCUGCUAUUAAUCGGUGUCUCCGGAGCAGGAAAGACCACUUUGUCUAGAUUUGUGGCCUGGAUGAACGGCCUGUCCAUCUUCCAAAUUAAAGUACACAACAAAUAUACCGCUGAAGAUUUCGAUGAAGAUUUAAGAUCAGUUUUAAGAAGAAGCGGUUGCAAGGAUGAGAAGAUCGCAUUCAUUUUAGAUGAAUCCAAUAUGUUAGAUUCAAGUUUCUUGGAAAGAAUGAAUACCUUGCUUGCUAAUGGAGAAGUACCUGGUCUCUUUGAAGGUGACGAAUACACCACACUGAUGACACAAUGUAAAGAGGGCGCUCAAAGAGAAGGUUUAAUGUUAGAUUCCAAUGACGAAUUGUACAAAUGGUUUACUCAACAAGUAAUGCGUAACUUGCACGUCGUUUUCACGAUGAAUCCAUCAACUGAUGGUCUGAAAGACAGAGCGGCCACUUCACCUGCCUUGUUCAACAGAUGCGUUCUAAACUGGUUCGGUGAUUGGUCAGAUGGCGCCUUGUUCCAAGUCGGCAAAGAGUUUACCAACCGUUUAGAUCUCGAUAAACCCACAUGGAAAACGCCAGAUUUCUUCCCGGCUGUUUGCACACACAUUUCAGCAACUCCAAAUCAUAGAGAAGCUGUAAUUAACGCAUGUGUGUAUGUGCAUCAAACCCUGCACAAGGCAAACGCCCGCUUGGCUAAAAGAGGUGGCAGAACUAUGGCUAUUACACCUCGUCAUUACCUCGAUUUCAUUCAUCAUUUCGUAAAGUUGCAUAACGAGAAACGGUCCGACUUGGAGGAACAACAACUCCACUUAAAUGUCGGUCUGAGUAAAAUCGCCGAAACCGUGGAACAGGUAGAGGAAAUGCAAAAGAGCUUGGCUGUAAAAUCGCAAGAGCUGCAGGCCAAAAACGAAGCGGCCAACGCCAAAUUGAAGCAAAUGGUUAAGGAUCAACAGGAGGCUGAGAAGAAAAAAGUACAGAGUCAAGAAAUCCAGCAACAAUUGGCUGAGCAAACGGUUCACAUUGAACAAAAGAGGACCGAAGUCAUGGCAGAUCUCGCCCAAGUCGAACCUGCUGUCAUCGAUGCUCAAACAGCUGUGAAGUCGAUCAAAAAACAACAACUGGUUGAGAUCCGUACGAUGGCCAAUCCCCCUGCCAUCGUAAAACUGGCUCUAGAGUCCAUUUGCUUGCUCCUGGGCGAGAACGCAAGCGACUGGAAGUCUAUCAGGGCAGUGAUUAUGCGCGAUAACUUCAUCAAUACAGUAGUCAACAAUUUCAAUACAGAAGACAUUAGCGAUGAUGUGCGUGAAAAAAUGAAGUCAAAAUAUUUGAGUAAUCCUGAGUAUAAUUUCGAGAAAGUUAACCACGCCAGUAAUGCUUGUGGUCCUCUAGUUAAAUGGGCCAUGGCUCAGGUUCAGUACGCUGACAUGUUAAAGAAAGUUGAACCUUUGCGUCAAGAAUUGAGCUCUCUGGAAAAACAAGCCGAAACUAACAAACUGCGAGGCGAAGAAGUUAAAAAUCUAAUUGCCCAACUUGAACACAGCAUCGCUUCGUACAAGGAGGAGUACGCUCAAUUAAUUGCACAAGCCCAAGCCAUUAAAACAGACUUGGAAAAUGUACAAGCUAAAGUUGACAGAUCAAUUGCCUUGUUGAAGUCAUUAGUGAUUGAAAGGGAAAGAUGGGAAGCCACCAGUGAGACCUUCAGGUCACAGAUGUCAACAAUUAUUGGUGACGUUCUAUUAUCUGCUGCGUUUAUUGCGUACGGUGGUUACUUUGAUCAGCACUACCGACAGAACUUAUUCACCACCUGGUCGCAACAUUUGACUCAGGCUAACAUUCAAUACAGGCCGGACAUCGCUAGAACGGAAUACCUAUCGAAUCCCGAUGAAAGAUUAAGAUGGCAAGCAAAUGCUUUACCAACUGAUGAUUUGUGUACUGAAAACGCUAUUAUGUUGAAGAGAUUCAACAGAUAUCCACUCAUUAUCGAUCCGUCUGGUCAGGCUACCGAGUAUAUCAUGAACGAAUUUAAAGACAAAAAGAUCACCAAAACCAGUUUCUUGGAUGAUUCCUUCAGAAAGAAUCUGGAGUCGGCUCUACGUUUUGGUAAUCCACUUUUGGUACAAGAUGUUGAAAACUACGAUCCAAUUUUGAACCCUGUUCUGAAUAGGGAAUUGAGACGAACUGGUGGUCGUGUGUUGAUCACAUUAGGCGAUCAAGAUAUUGAUUUGUCUCCAUCAUUCGUCAUAUUCUUGUCUACUAGAGAUCCAACAGUGGAAUUCCCACCUGAUAUUUGUUCGAGAGUCACCUUCGUUAACUUUACCGUCACGAGAAGUUCUUUACAGAGUCAGUGCUUGAAUCAAGUGCUUAAGGCGGAACGUCCAGAUAUCGAUGCUAAACGUUCUGACUUGUUGAAACUACAGGGCGAAUUCCACUUGAGGCUGAGACAAUUAGAAAAAUCGCUGCUGCAGGCACUUAAUGACGCGAAAGGAAAGAUUUUGGAUGAUGAUAGUGUAAUUACAACACUGGAGACAUUGAAACAGGAAGCCGCUGAAAUUGGACAGAAAGUCGAAGAAACCGACAAAGUUAUAUCAGAAAUUGAAAUGGUGUCUCAACAAUACAUGCCAUUAUCACAGGCCUGCAGUAAUACAUACUUCACAAUGGACAGUCUUAAUCAAGUUCACUUCUUGUACCAGUACUCACUUAAGAUGUUCCUUGACAUGUUCAGUACGGUGCUUCUCAAUAAUCCACAGUUGAACGGCGUGUCAGAUUAUCAACAGAGACUGAAUAUAAUUACUAAAGAUCUAUUCUCAGUUGUUUAUGAAAGAAUUGCAAGAGGAAUGUUGCAUAAUGACAGGCUUACAUUCGCCCUACUUUUGUGUCGUAUUUACCUUAAAGGUUUACCUUCAGAACAAAAUCUUGACCAAGAAUUUAAUUUCUUCCUCAGAGGUAAAGAAGGUGUAUUUACUUCUGGUUCUAACAACAUUGUUGAAGGCUUAAACAGUGAACAGCAAGAAGCAAUGACCAGACUGGCUUCUCGGUUGCCGGCCUUCAAAAAACUACCAGAAAAGAUCCGUGACAUGCCUGAAUUCGGGGCUUGGCUACAACAAAGCACACCAGAACAGUGCGUGCCCGGCUUGUGGAUUGAGGAGAAACAACUUAGUCCUAUCGGUACUUCCAUGUACCAGCUCCUCGCUAUUCAAGCUUUCAGACCUGAUCGGGUUAUUGCUGCGGGUACCCUCUUUGUUUCCGCCGUUUUGGGUGCUGAUUUCAUGCCUAGCGCCGAAACCGAAUUGGAUCUGGCGGCCUGUGUAGAAAAACAAAUUCGUGCUCAUGUCCCAGCUCUGCUUUGUUCCGUACCUGGAUUCGAUGCAUCUGGUAGAGUGGAUGACUUGGCGGCAGAACUCAACAAACAAAUAUCAAGCAUCGCUAUUGGUUCAGCUGAAGGUUUCAACCAAGCUGACAGAGCUAUCAAUAUGGCCUGUAAGACCGGAAGGUGGGUUAUGCUUAAGAACGUUCACCUAGCGCCUCAAUGGUUAGUCCAACUUGAAAAGAAACUACAUUCUCUUCAACCUCAUGCUGGCUUCCGACUUUUCCUCACCAUGGAGAUCAAUCCGAAGUUACCAGUCAAUUUACUUCGUGCUGGUCGUAUAUUUGUGUUUGAACCUCCACCGGGCAUCAGGGCAAAUCUGUUACGUACAUUUAGCACUGUACCAGCAGGGCGCAUGAUGAAAGCACCUAAUGAAAGAGCUAGAUUAUAUUUCCUACUCGCCUGGUUCCAUGCUAUUGUACAAGAAAGGUUGAGAUAUGCACCUUUGGGCUGGGCCAAACACUACGAAUUCAGUGAAAGCGAUCUGAGAGUCGCAUGUGAUACAUUGGAUACAUGGAUUGACUCAACAGCCAUGGGUCGUACCAAUUUACCACCAGAAAAGGUGCCGUGGGAUGCUUUGGUAACAUUAUUGUCUCAGUCCAUAUACGGAGGCAAGAUUGACAACGAUUUCGAUCAGAGAUUGUUGCACUCAUUUUUGAAAAAACUUUUUACUCCAAGAAGUUUCGAAGGAGAUUUCGCUCUGGUGGCCAACAUUGAUAACGGACCUGGAGGAAAUAGGCAUAUUACAAUGCCCGAUGGUACACGAAGGGACCAUUUCUUGAAAUGGAUCGAAAGCUUGGCUGAUAGACAGACACCAGCAUGGUUGGGAUUACCUAAUAACGCAGAGAAGGUACUGUUGACUACCAGAGGUACGGACCUCGUCAGCAAACUAUUAAAAAUGCAACAACUGGAAGACGAUGAUGAGUUGGCAUACUCUAUGGACGAGAGCUCGCCGGAUCCAGAAAAAGUAGACGGCAGACCCUCUUGGAUGAAGACCUUACACAAUUCAGCUCUUACAUGGCUACAACUACUACCCAAAUCUCUGCAAACUCUCAAGCGUACCGUUGAGAACAUUAAAGAUCCUCUGUACCGUUAUUUUGAAAGAGAAGUUAAUACUGCUUCCAAGUUACUUUUGGAUGUCAUUCACGACUUGAAUGAUGUUUUACUGAUUUGCCAGGGCGACAAAAAGCAAACCAACUAUCACAGAACAAUGUUGGGAGAAUUAGUAAGAGGAAUAAUUCCACUUAACUGGCACAAAUACACAGUGCCCAAGGGUUGCACUGUCAUACAAUGGAUAACUGAUUUCAGUCAGAGAGUUAAACAGUUGCAACAAGUGUCGCAAGUUGUUUCGUCAUCAGGUGCAAAGGAGCUACAGAGAUUCCCAGUUUGGUUGGGUGGGUUGUUAAAUCCUGAAGCAUACAUUACAGCAACUAGGCAAUGUGUGGCUCAAGCAAAUAGUUGGCCUCUGGAAGAGUUACAUUUGGAAGUGACGAUCACUGAUACAAACGAUAAGUCAUCCAUUCCCAGUGAUUGUUUCGCAAUAGUUGGAAUUAAGUUGCAAGGUGCCCAGUGCAGAAAUAAUCAAUUGCUGCUGACAUCCAGCAUAAUGUUGGAGUUACCAAUAACUUUACUGAGAUGGGUUCGAAUCACUGGCGAUGAAAAAAUUAAGGACAGUAGGCUUUCACUUCCUAUUUAUUUGAACUCCACUCGUACUGAGCUUUUGUACACUGUGGAUUUGAACAUCGCUCCUGGUCAAGAUCCUCAUAGUUUCUAUGAGAGAGGCGUUGCUUUACUUACAUCCACUGCUCUUAACUAAUGUAAUCCAACUUAUUUUAAUCUCAUAUAUAAUUGUGCUAUUUAUGUAUCUAGCAAUAUCCAAUAAGUGAAAAUAUAUUAAUUAUAGAAAUAA